CUCCCACGCUCCCAUGUUUUGUUCGAAAACAGCAAGCUCUUUACUCGAGUCUCGAGGUAAGGUUGACUGUUGUUCGAUCAGAGAGAAGAUGACGACUAAGUAGUCCUCUCUCUUUGUGACGUCUCUUCUUCACCUUCGGCCAAUCCCAUCACACUUGUCGGGUCAGCAGCGCUUCGGACACCCGACAAAGAAGACUGUACACUUCUUGUCGUUAUAAUACGAUGAGAUAAUGAAAGGGAAUGAUUUACUCCGAGCAGACAGUCUCUUAUAAAGCCCUCUGCAUCGUCUUCGUGAGAGGAGGAAGGAAGAGGGAUGGAUGCAGGAGGAGGAGGUAGUGAGAAGUGCAGCAAGAUCCGGCACAUAGUUCGGCUGCGGCAGACGCUGCGGCAAUGGAGGCGGAGGGCGGCGGCGCCGUCGGACGUGCCGGCGGGGCACGUGGCGGUGUGCGUGGGUAGCAGCUCGAGGCGGUUCGUGGUGCGGGCGUCGCAUCUCAACCACCCCGCUUUCCGGGAUCUGCUCCGCCAGGCCGAGGAGGAGUACGGCUUCGCCUCCCGCCCCGGCCCACUCUCCCUCCCCUGCGACGAGUCCCUCUUCGAGGACCUCCUCCACCUCAUCUCCUCUUCUUCUUCUUCUUCUUCUUCUUCUUCGAGGUUCCCAGACUAUAAUCUCGAUGACUCGGAGAAGCUCUCCCGCGCUUCUUCCUGUUGCUGCGCCGUCGGCCAGUGGCUGCACGCCGCUGACUCACUGCCGCUUCUACACCGCCACCGUCUCUCCUAGAAGCCCAUCUGCUGAACCUCAAUGCAAAUUGCCGGAGGUCGAUCCAAAAGUUGGCUUUCUAAUGUUAUUACUACUGAGAAAACAAAACGAAGCGAUCACAUGCUCUUCACUCUUUGCGUGCUGCAUACUUAAUAUCGAAGGACGGUUGAAGCGAUCACGUCAAGGGUCAAAGGGAGGGCAAUGGUCUCUUGCUCAGAACCGUAGAGCCCACCUGAGGCCCGCCGACUCUCGGAAUGGUGAUGGAGGACACAAUCGUACGUUCCACUGCAAGCAUCAGCUCCAUCCAAAAAAAUAGAUGUUUCCUUAUUGUACUGUGAAGCCUUAACGAUUAACCAAGGCAUAUAUAAC